AUGUGCUUUUACUUAUUUUCAUUGAUUGGUUAUUUUGGCGAUAGAGAACAUUAUAGUGUAGCUGACAAUGUUAGUACAAACAAGAAAAUACGUGUAGUUUGCAUGAUUAAGGGUUCGAGGGCUGAGGCUAAGCAGUCGGAGACUGGCAUCAUGCCAGGCGACAAGGUGAAGUGUGGCGCCAGUGAAAGUCGUCUCGUCCCUCCCCAGCCUCCGAGAGUUCGUCUCGACUCCACCCACCCCGAUUUAUCGACAUCCCUAGAAAUUCGCACAAUGCCAGACGGGACAUUGAUUUUUCAUUUAAACCAGAUUUAA